UGGUACCUGAAGAGAAGGAAAGGGUCGGUGCAGACUGAAACUUAUAAUUUAUAAUGGUAAGAAUAUUAUUAUUAUAUGAAAGAAUUGGAGGAAAACCAUUAAAUUUGGAAGCGGUAUAUAUAUACAUGCAGACGUUCCUUUUUCAUCUGUAAUUUGAUACAAGAUUGAGAAUUGAAAACAAGGAAUUCUUCAACGUCUACAUAAAAAGAUGACGAUUAUUGAAAUGCGUGUACACAUGGACUGUGCUGGAUGUGAGAACAAGAUCAAGAAAGCUCUCCAAAAGGUUAAAGGAGUAGACGACAUAGAUAUAGACAUGGGAAUGCAAAAGGUGACGGUGACAGGAUAUGCUGAUCAAAAGAAAGUUUUGAGAACAGUUAGGAAAACUGGAAGAAGAGCAGAAGUGUGGCAAUUUCCAUAUAUUCCUGAACUAAGAAAUAGUAAUUAUGCUGGGAAUUACAAUUAUCAGCAGCAUUACGGCGGCCCUUCAACUUACUAUGCUUCUCAGCCCUCGUCCUCUUGCUACAACUACUACAAGCACGGCUACAAUAAUCAUAAUUACGUCCCUUCGUACGGCGGUGGCAGCCAAGGACAUUCGACGGUUUUUGGAAAUCGCACCGGCGAUACUUUCAGUGAUGAGAAUCCUCAUGGGUGUUCCAUCAUGUGAUAUCAGAGCAAGCAUACUGAUAAAUGGAUAUCCACAAUAUUUCUUGACUAGCAAGAUUAUUUUUGGUGAGUAAAAAAAAUAUAUAUAUACAUAUAUAUUUUAUUUUGUAUGAUUUUAUAUCUUAGUAAAGAAAUGUUUACAUUAUGUAUUAGUACUUGCAUGAUGAAAUUUGUAAUUAAUUGCAUUCUACUCAUCUUUGAUCAUGUAAAAUUCAAUAUAAAGUUGUCUUUUGGCGUUCUUAAUUUAUUUUGCUAGCUCUUGUUGACAUAGACUUGGCCCUGUCUUUUUUAUACUUGAGGUUGGUGUCCUCAUUCUACAAGCAUGAGAAAAUCAUUGUGCAGUAGUCAUUAUCUUAUUCCAUGUAAAAUUUCAAGUGAAUUAGUUUAUUAUGAAGAGAAAAACACAAUAAAGAUAGAGUCCAUUUGUUAACUUAAAUUAUUGAUUUGGACAAAAAUAAAUUUUAAGAACCGACUACAAAUUUUGUCAAACAUGUAGGUACCGAAUGUGAUAUUAUUUACAUUUGGUCCUAAGUUGAUAUAUAUGAUAUAAAAUUAUAACCCUAUUUGGCUCAAUCAAAAAAGUAGUUUAAAAUUUCAGCCAAAGCAACAAUUAGCCCAUGUUUGA